CGUCGGUGAUUAGUCUAUUUAUUCACAUAUUUGUAUAACAACCUGCAGCCUAAAAUAUCAGCUGGAGAACAUUAGCUCUACAUUUCAUAAUCAAUGUAUCAAACUAAAGAACAAUGUAAAUCAAACCAACCCUACAUAUCAAUCUAAACAAGAAUUUGAAUAUGAAAUUUCUCUCUCAAGGUUGGCAUGGAUACCAAUUAAAAGAAAAGUUGAAGGAAAUGAAGAAAGCUUUGAAAGUAUGGAGUAGAAACAUGGUUCCGGAGACAAACUCUAUCAUUAAAAAAUGUGAGGACUCCAUAGUUGCUAUUGACUUAAAAGGCGAAGUGACUCCUUUGUCUAAAGAGGAUGUACAAUCAAAGAGGAAUAACUUUUUGCAAUUAUGGAAACACCAAAAAGUAAAAGAGGGCAUGUGGCGCCAAAAAACCAAGAAGGCAUGGAUUAACGAUGGGGAUGCCAACAUGAAAUUCUUUCACAGAUGUGUUAAGGGAAAAAGGAGACAGAAUGAAAUAGUUGGCAUACAGGUGGGUGACAAGUAUAUGGAACAGGUUAACGAAAUCAAGGAAGGUGUGGCUAACUAUUUUGAGAACUUGUUCACAGAAGAGAGGUGGCAACGCCUUCAUCUAGACGGGAUUGAAUUCAAGAAGAUCUCAGGUGGAAACAACUCUCUAUUACUCACCCCUUUCAACGAAGAAGAAGUUAAACAAGCAAUGUGGAGUUGUGAAGGCUCUAAAGCACUAGGGCCGGAUGGUUUUAAUUUCAAUUUUAUCAGAGAAAUGUGGGAUUUGAUCAAAGGUGAUAUGAUGGGUUUCGUACAUGACUUUCACAAAAAUGGGAGAUUGGUUAGAGGAGCAAAUAGUUCCUUCAUUGUGCUGAUACCUAAAGUUAUUAACCCCCAGAAAAUUGAGGAAUUCAGGCCCAUAUCCUUAAUCGAAGUAAUAUACAAGGUGAUUGCGAAGCUCCUCGCAAAUAGAAUCAGCUCGGUUCUGGACAGCAUCAUUGAAGAAAGCCAAAUGGCUUUUAUUAGAGGAAGACAAAUGGUUGAUAGCAUUGUAAUUGCCAACAAAACAAUUGCUGUAGCAAUGAGAAACAAGAAGGCCAGCUUUGUGUUUAAAUUGGACUUCGAGAAGGCAUAUGAUCAGGUGUGCUGGGAGUUCCUGGAUUACAUGAUGUCGAGGAUGGGUUUCGAUCCCAAAUGGAGAAGGUGGAUAAACGAAUGCUUGAAGACAGCAGAGGUGUCAGUUCUUCUUAAUGGCAAUACUACUAGACAAGCGAAAAUUAACAAAGGCCUGAGACAAGGCGCUCUACUUUCACCCUACUUAUUUUUACUAGUUGUAGAAGGCUUAAAUGGUAUCAUCUCUUCAGCAAUCAACCAUGGACUCUUUGAAGGAAUCGAUAUUGGCAACAGGGGAAUGAUAGUGUCUCAUUUACAGUUCACCAAUGACUCAAUUCUAUUUGAUAAGGCUGCGGAGGGCAACAUAUGGGCAGCGAAGAAUGAAUGGAUGUCAAAAAUGGCCUACAUAUUAAACUACAAGCAAGGAGUAUUCCUCUACAAGUAUUUGGGGGUGCCAAUAGGAGGUAGUGUUAAAAGCAUUGCUAUGUGGAAACCUUUGAUCGAGACAUUUGAGAAGAAAUUGAGCUCAUGGAAAGGUCGACUCCUCUCCUUUGGUGGAAGGAUUACUCUCCUCAAUGCAGUGCUAUCCAGUCUUCCAGUGUUUACCAUGUCCAUGCCCUUACUACCAAAAGACAAAGAAAAGAAGAUCUCCCAAAUGGUUAUAUGGAAGGAAGAGAAUUGGCAACGGACACUACACUGGAGACGACCACUGUGUGAGUGGGAAGAAGAUAACUAUUCUGAGAUGCAAAGAAUGCUCAAGAAUAUACACCCAAUCCGAGACCGAAAAGACUGUUGGAUGUGGAGACCCUUCAGUGAGAGAUGGGUGGGAUGUGGUAUGCUUCUCCACUAUAUGGUUCCUGUGGAUAGCAAGGAAUGCAAAGAUUUUCAGAAAUCAUGAGUAUGAUGCAGACAGAAUUUUUGAGUUUGUACAACUAAGAGCUUUCAGUUGGAUUAAGGGAAGGACAACGAGAUAUUCUUUCUGUUUGCACGAUUGGAUGCUGGAACCAGUCUUAAGCCUCAAAGAUAAAAGAGGUACACAAUUAGCCUUAUUAUGAAGUUUUGUGAUGUUUCCUUAUGUUUCCUGAUGCUGUCACUGAGCAGUUAGUUGACUUUGGCCAUUUUGUUUGCUGGUUUAUGUUCUCGUGAGUUUAAGUUAGCUGAAGUUAGUGGAUGCUCAGGGACUGUUUCUUUUGUACUAAAGGCAGGAGUACCCCUUGUACUCCAUCAAAUAAAUUCCUUUGGCUGUG